ACAGUGCCCUCCUGGAGCAGCGUGACAGCGGGCCCACGCGCCCGAGACGAUCACGGUUCGAAAGAAGGCGGGGCUACCUCUUCUAUGCGCGGGGUUACACGGUCUCGUCCGAGAAGUCUGAGUAGCGGCCGUGCGCGGGCUCUACUGCAACGUCCGGAGACCCCACAGGAGUCAUCCCGGAGGCCAGGGGAGAUUGGGAGGUUAUCCUCUGCCAACGAGUCUCCAACGAGUCCCGAGAGCAGGCAACCACUGGUGCGUCCUCAGAGACAGAGACAAGCUCCUCCUCCUCCUGGUUUUAGCUCUCCCUCACCUCUCUCCAACUGGCCACCCGUAGAGGUGUCACACAGACUCGAGCAAGCCUCAGCGGACCUCAAUGGUGGCCGUGGAGUGAAAGCGAGAGGUAAUGUAUGGGAACAAAGGGCUCUGAAGAGACAUGAAAACGGAAGGGAAAGUGGACAAGACCAGGUCACCGAGCAGGAAGAUCCCGACGUGGUUGUGGAGGGAGAGGAUCUUUCCGACAAGAGCUCUUGUUUCUUAUCCGCACGUGACUCCCAAGAAGAGGAGGAAGAGGAGGACAUUUUGGGGGUGUUUUGCGCAAGAAGAGAGGAGACUGUGAGAGACGGUAGUCAGGUGGGGGGUGAAGUCGACUUGAUAACUUGGGAGGAUGAUGAAGACGAGAGAGGGAAAGAAGUUGUUUCCGAUGAUAGAAACGAAUGUCCAGAGUGUGGUGAUGGUUCUCUGUCACUGCCUACCCCAACACUGGCCUCACACACUGGAGAGGAGACCACAGAGAGUUGCUGGGUGGGGGACAGUGGUGGCUCUGUGAGGAGAUUGUACAAGAGGGAGGAUGAAGAGGUGUGGGAGAAGGAGGGAGAGAGAGAGGAGGCAGAUGGAAAAGAGGAGAGAAGGGAGAAUGAAGAGGGAGAGGAGGAAGAGGAAGAGGUGGUGAAGAUGAAGUGUGGUUGCACGCUGGACAAGCUGGAGGCACACAUGGGUUGGGGAUUCCGGUGUCAGUGCCCGAGAGUGUGCGGUGGGAGCGCAGACCCCAAACUGCCUCCGUGGGCCAAUGAUGACCAUACAUUGGUGCUGAACAACAUUCCAACCAGUGUGUCUGAAGAGGACUUAGAGGAAGAUAUGCAGGCGUUUGGAGAGGUUUCAAACUGCUCCAUUUUGACUCUGCCCAACGAGGCUGGUUUGCAUACUGCCUAUGUGAGGAUGAAGGAAAGAGAAAGCUGUCAGUGGGUUAUUUCCUGCCACCAGGGCAUUCCGUACGGCAACGGGGCCUCGAAACCAAUGGUGUGCUACAGGCUGCAGCAACAGGAGUCUUCCCUGGGUUUCUAGAGGAAUAUUUGAUGGGGAACCCAACCUCAUUGCUACAGAGAUUCCCAGAUACUCAGAUAAAGCCACAAAAUCACACACAUGCCCGUCGCGAUGCAGAUAUCCGCCGAAGCAGGAUCGCCGAGCACCGCAGAGUCCCAGCAGUGCUCCGCCGCGGUCACACCGUACACCCAGAGCUGCGAGAGAGAGAUUCGUCUGGCGCUCGAGAAAUCGCUCAAGAUGAGCAAGAGUGCCAAGGCGACUCCAGAGCCCGUCGCUACUGUCCCCGCGCGGGCGAUCCAGCCGAACAAGGCGUACUCGGAUGAUGGAGACGAUAAGAUGAAAACUGUGAAGCCGCCGUAUUCGUACGUUGCGCUCAUCUCCAUGUCCAUCCAGGAUGCUCCGGAUAAGCGACUGACGCUGAACGGCAUCUACGACUACAUCACCAAGAACUUUCCGUACUACCGCAACCGUGAGAACCAGGGCUGGCGCAACUCCAUCCGUCACAAUCUCUCGCUGCACGAGUGUUUCAUGAAACUCCCGGCAAAGGGCGGCAAGAACGGCAAGAGCCACUACUGGGUUCUCGAUCCAGGCCACGAGGUGCUAUUCGAGGAAGGCAACUAUAGACGGCGGCGAAGGCGGCCAGUCAAGCGGGUGUCGUACACGCCAGCCUCGGCGUGGAGCCACAGCGGACGGGCUUACCACCACAGCCCGUACUCGCACGUGGGAGCGGCCGCGGACUAUUACCGAUCGUGGCCCACCAUGGACUCCUCGAUGUUCCAACCGUACUCAGCCCUGCCCACUAUCAACCUGAACCACAAUAACAACGCCACGUCGGUCGCUCAGCUGCAGUCGCCCUCCCUCGCUGCGCCCUCCCUGACGCGCACUGCAGACCUCGGCCACUACAGUCAGUCCGCGGCCGCCGGGUCCGCGUACACUCCUUUCGUAUACUCCUCGAGGAGCAUGGAGCCCCAGCGUUCCUUGAUAACGCCGUAUCCACCGCCGCUAAACUUCACGGCCUACCCCAGCUCCGCCGGAGUUGCUGCAGCUGCUGCCCAAGGCGCGGCAGUUGUUGGACCGUGCAGUAGCGUCACCUCCGCGGCCUCCGACCUCGUCAACAGCAAGGCCUCGAGUGGUGCAGAUUUCACCACCCCAGGUCACUCGACUGGAGCCGCAGUCGCCAGCUCCCUCUGGUCAUAUCACAUGCAGGUAUAGAGACUCCUCCGCCACCCGAGGAACGGCUUUGUUUCGGCUGUUUUCUACACAGACUUACCAGAAACAGACUGAGAUCAUAGCAGUAAUAACGCUGGUAUAAUAUUAUUAUAUAAGAGAGAAGCUACAGUGAUUUAGCACCAUUACCGCUGUUCCACAAAUCAACUCCUCACCGACAGGCAUUUUGUCACUUGUUUUCUUUAUGCACUGGUUUUAAUUCACACACAUGGUUUUUUUGUGCUUUUGCAAUAAUUUUCUCACUAAACGAAGUC